CUCUAUGGUUCGGUGGCUCUAAGCGCUCAGCUACGCGGUUGUCCUCCAGGUCUGCGGUGUCUCCUUCCGGUCUCAGUGGCGCUGCACGCGCGGCUCUCUAGGCCUCCUUCAGCUCUGUGGUGACGGUGGCGGAAGUGGAGGGCAGGUCUGAAGAGUGGCGGGAGCGGCUCCACUUCCUACGCUGUCUAGCUCCUCCUCAGGGACUUUCCUGGGAAGGUCUCUCGGGCGUCCAGACCCCACCGCAAAGGUGUUUCGCGAUUCGCCGAGCAGGUGUUGGCCCCAGGAGCAUUUCCCUCCGGGCCGAAUGCGCAGUGGACUAUGCCCCUUCUGACCCAGCAGAUCCAAGAUGAGGAUGAUCAGUACAGCCUUGUGGCCAGCCUUGACAACGUUAGGAAUCUCUCCACUAUUUUGAAAGCUAUUCAUUUCCGAGAGCAUGCCACGUGUUUCGCAACUAAAAAUGGUAUCAAAGUAACAGUGGAAAAUGCAAAGUGUGUGCAAGCAAAUGCUUUUAUUCAGGCUGGAAUAUUUCAGGAAUUUAAAGUUCAGGAAGAGUCUGUUACUUUUCGAAUUAAUUUAACUGUCCUUUUAGACUGUUUGUCUAUUUUUGGAUCAAGUCCUAUGCCAGGGACUUUAACUGCACUUCGGAUGUGUUACCAAGGUUAUGGUUACCCUCUGAUGCUGUUUCUGGAAGAAGGAGGAGUGGUAACGGUCUGCAAAAUCAAUACGCAGGAACCUGAGGAGACCUUGGAUUUUGAUUUCUGCAGCACCAAUGUUAUUAAUAAAAUUAUUCUGCAGUCAGAGGGGCUCCGUGAAGCAUUUUCUGAAUUGGAUAUGACGAGUGAAGUCCUACAAAUUACCAUGUCUCCUGACAAGCCUUAUUUCAGGUUAUCUACUUUUGGAAAUGCAGGAAGUUCCCACCUUGACUAUCCCAAAGAUUCUGAUUUGAUGGAAGCAUUUCAUUGUAAUCAGACCCAAGUCAACAGAUACAAGAUUUCUUUACUGAAACCCUCUACAAAGGCAUUAGUCCUAUCUUGUAAGGUAUCUAUUCGGACAGAUAACAGAGGCUUCCUUUCAUUACAGUAUAUGAUUAGAAAUGAAGAUGGACAAAUAUGUUUUGUGGAAUAUUACUGCUGCCCUGAUGAAGAAGUUCCUGAAUCUUGAGUCUUGAGUAUGACAAUUCACUGAUAUUUAUGUGUACAUUUAUGACAGAUGAAGUUCUUAUUCUGAGUACUCUUUAUAAUUUCAUAUUGGAUUUUCUAUAGAGAAGAAGCACUAUGGGGAAGAUAGGAGCAAGGUCGUGUACCUAAUAGUUACUGUGUUUUCUAAAUACAUUUUGUAGAGGGCAUGUAAAUAAAUGUUUUCAUGUAGUCAUAGAUUA